ACACACACACGCGCGCGCUCGAGGCCGCGCGAGUUGAGAGCGCGCGCGCGGUUCUGAGAAGGAGGAGGAAGUUCUCCGCCCGCGAUAAAACACCAAAUAACAAAAGAAAAUAAAAGCAAAUCUACGUCAAAAAAAAAAAAAGAAUCAGAUUAAGACAGUAAAUAAGCAUUAAUUCGACCCGGUUAUGGGUCCUCCCGCGCCGUAGUGCGGGGUUUACGGGUGUCGGAGGGGAGAAACGGAAGUUUGUCACCGUCCUGACUGGCCAGUUAGCCUGGUAGCUUAGCGUAGGUUAGCUUAGCAUAGGCUAGCUUAGCAUAGUCGACGGUAGAGCGGAUGAGACCUGAGUGAAAAGACGCCGCUCAAGCGUCGGAGCUUUUUUUUCUUCAUUUUGUUUGAGGGGGUUCGUUUACAGACACGCCCGAGUAGUUCGUAGUGAAUAAGUUUAUUAUAAUACGGGUUUUGUUUGGAACUUUUUUGAGUUAGACGCGAGCCAUGAAGUUGUAACGGACACCAACACAUUGAGGCAGACCGGAGGCCUGAGUGUGUGUGUGUGUGUGUGUGUGUGUGUGUGUGAAAGUGUGUGUGAACUGUUUGCUAAAGAAACGUUUACGUUACUACUGUUAUUAAACCAGCACGAAUCGGUAGAGAUGUCGGCGCAGGCGCAGAUGCGAGCCAUGCUGGACCAGUUGAUGGGCACAGGGCGAGAUGGGGACUCGAUGCGCCAGAGGAUCAAGUUCGCCGACGAGCGGGUUUGCAAAAGUCACCUGCUGGAAUCCUGCCCUCACGACAUCCUGUCGGGAACGCGCAUGGACCUGGGCGAGUGCUCCAAGGUGCACGACCUGGCUCUCAGGGCGGACUACGAGAUCGCCUCCAAGCACCAGGAGUACUUCUUCGAGCUGGACGCCGCGGAGCACCUGCAGUCCUUCAUCGCGGACUGCGACCGGAGGACCGAGCUGGCCAAAAAACGACUGGCCGAGACGCAGGAGGAGAUCAGCGCCGAGGUCGCCGCCAAGGCGGAGCGCGUGCACGAGCUGAACGAGGAGAUCGGCAAGCUGCUGGCGCGGGCGGAGCAGCUGGGCGGCGAGGGCAACGUGGACGAGUCUCAGCAGGUGCUGGAGAAGGUGGAGAAGACGCGAGCCCUCAAACGAGAGGCCGAGGACGUGUACCGGAACUCCAUGCCGGCCUCCAGCUUCCAGCAGCAGAAGCUGAGGGUGUGCGAGGUGUGCUCCGCCUACCUGGGUCUCCACGACAACGACCGCCGCCUGGCCGAUCACUUCGGCGGGAAGCUGCACCUGGGCUUCAUCGAGAUCCGGGAGAAGCUGGACAAACUCAGGGUGAGAACUGAAAGCCCUCUCUCUCUCUCUCUCUCUCUCUCUCUCUCUCUCUCUCUCUCUCUCUCUCUCUCACUCUCUCUCGCUCUCUCACUAUUACUCUCUCUCUCUCUCUCUCAUUAA